UGUCACUCAGGGCCUGUUUGCAGGGUCUCAGCCUCGGUCUCUGGUGAUGCUCCGCUUCUGGAAGCUGCUGCGCCGCGGGCCGGGCUCGGCCACCCGCCCGCAAUGGGCGCGGGCCCGGAGCUCCCUACACCCGGAGUGGGUGGUGUUGGCGGAGAAACAGCUGAAGGGGAAGAAAGCGGCGGAUCUGGUGUGGAAGACGCCGGAGGGCAUCGAGGUGAAGCCGGUCUACACCAAGCGGGACACGGCCGACCUGAGCGAGGAGCUGCCCGGCGUCUGGCCCUUCACCCGCGGGCCCUACCCCACCAUGUACACACACAGGCCCUGGACUAUCCGCCAGUAUGCGGGGUUCAGCACCGUGGAGGAGAGCAACAGGUUUUACAGGGACAACAUCCGAGCUGGUCAGCAGGGACUUUCGGUCGCAUUCGAUCUUGCCACUCACAGGGGUUAUGAUUCAGACAACGCCCGUGUUCAUGGAGAUGUUGGGAUGGCAGGAGUUGCUAUAGACAGUGUUGAAGAUAUGAAGAUGCUUUUUGAUGGAAUCCCUCUGGAAAAAAUGUCUGUUUCAAUGACUAUGAAUGGUGCUGUACUGCCAGUCCUGGCCAUGUUCAUUGUGACUGGGCUAGAGCAAGGAGUUCCUGCAGAAAAGUUGACUGGUACUAUUCAGAAUGAUAUUUUGAAAGAAUUUAUGGUCAGGAACACUUAUAUUUUCCCACCGGAGCCUUCAAUGAAGAUUAUAGCUGAUAUUUUCCAGUAUACUUCAAAGUACAUGCCCAAAUACAACUCGAUUUCUAUCAGUGGCUACCAUAUCCAGGAAGCUGGUGCUGAUGCAGUUUUGGAACUGGCUUACACCAUAGCGGAUGGGUUAGAAUACUGCAGGACUGGACUCGAGGUUGGACUUACCAUCGAUGAAUUUGCACCACGACUUUCUUUCUUCUGGGGAAUUGGUAUGAACUUCUACAUGGAAAUAGCAAAGCUGAGAGCAGCGAGACGGCUCUGGGCACAUUUAAUAAAAGAAAAGUUUGACGCCAAGAAUCCCAAAUCUUUGCUGCUCCGUGCUCACUGUCAGACCUCUGGUUGGUCUCUAACUGAGCAGGACCCAUACAAUAACAUUAUUCGCACAGUGAUUGAGGGAAUGGCAGCUGUGUUUGGAGGCACUCAGUCACUGCACACAAACUCUUUUGAUGAAGCAUUGGGUCUGCCCACAGUCAAGAGUGCCCGAAUUGCCAGGAAUACCCAGAUCAUUAUCCAGGAGGAAUCUGGUAUCCCAAAAGUGGCAGACCCCUGGGCUGGUUCAUUCAUGAUGGAGUCUCUAACCGAUGAUGUGUAUGAUGCUGCUUUAAAGCUUAUCAAUGAGAUUGAAGAAAUGGGUGGAAUGGCAAAGGCAGUAGCAGAGGGCAUUCCUAAACUUCGGAUUGAAGAGUGCGCUGCCAGAAGACAGGCAAGAAUUGACUCUGGUGCUGAGGUAAUUGUUGGAGUGAACAAAUAUCGUCUAGAAAAAGAAGAAUCUGUUGAAGUGUUGGCUAUUGAUAACACAGCUGUGCGUAACCAACAGAUUGCAAAGCUGAAAAAGGUGAAAGCAAGUAGAAAUCAGGCAGCGGCUGAACAGUGCCUUAAUGCCAUCACUGAAUGUGCGAGAACUGGGAAGGGAAAUCUGCUGGCUCUUGCAGUGGAAGCUGCUCAGGAAAGAUGUACAGUUGGAGAGAUUACAGAGGCAAUGAAAAUAGUAUUUGGUGAACAUCGAGCCAGUGACCGCAUGGUGAGUGGUGCUUACAGACAAGAAUUUGGUGAGAGUGAAGAACUGACUGCAGCAUUGAAUCGGGUUCAACAAUUUUUUAAGAAUGAAGGUCGCCAUCCCCGUCUUCUUGUCGCUAAAAUGGGUCAAGAUGGUCAUGACCGGGGAGCUAAAGUUAUCGCCACAGGAUUUGCUGAUCUUGGCUUUGACGUGGAUAUAGGACCAUUGUUCCAGACUCCUCGAGAGGUGGCUCAACAAGCAGUAGAUGCAGAUGUUCACUGUGUGGGUGUGAGUACUUUGGCUGCUGGACACAAAACCCUUGUGCCGGAAUUGAUUAAAGAACUAUGUAAUCUUCACCGUCCAGACAUACUGGUCAUCUGUGGUGGUGUGAUUCCUCCUCAGGAUUAUGAAAUGUUAUACAAGGCGGGUGUGUGCAGCAUCUUUGGGCCAGGCACUAGGAUUCCACUUGCAGCAGUUCAGGUGGUUGACAACAUUGAGCAGAACGUGGUCAGGAGGCACCAGUCAAUAUAAAAGUCAAAGAAUUGAGCCUUUAUGUAGAUAUACAUUAUAAACAGUAUUUUGGUGAUUGUCAAUUUAAAAAUGAAUCCUUUCAGAAAUAAUUGUUGGUGCCUUGUAACUUUCUAGGAAAGUUGUAGUGUAUCUCUCUCUCUCAUAUAUAUAUUAUAUAUAUAAUAGUUUAUAACUGUUUGUACUUCAGAAGCUUGCCUUUAAGGGAAAAAUCAUGAUUACAGUUAUGUGUGGGUCAUCAGGCCAUUUAUUUUUAAAAUGUUGCAAAAUUGUGAAAAAUUCCUAAAUGUUUAAAUUUAGUCUUAAUUUAGAAGCAGGCUCUUUUAAAGAAUGUGGAUAACCAGCUUCCAAAUUAAGACAGAAUUUGAAGAUUUUCCACAAUUCUGUGCAAUCUUAAAUCUUAAGAUAAAAUUGUCAUGCUGUCAAUGUCUUGCAGUCUGUUAAGGGGAAUUUCACGCCUUAAGAAUAAUGUAUAAUUACGUGUAUUAAUGAAUAUUCAAAAUGUAAUUGAAUUUUAUGUGUGAAUAAAUUAAAGCUAUAAAUGUUCAAAUCAA